UCCUACUACUGCUGCUGCUACUGCUACUACUUCUGCUGCUACUCCUGCUCCCUCUACAGCUCCUAAUCCCGCUUCUAUUCCUACUCCUAUUCCUGCUCCGGCUCUUGCUCCGACCCCUACUCCUGGUCCUGCUCCUGCUCCUACUCCUACUCCUGCCGUAGCGAAGACAUCGACAGAUCUGCCAAUAAUGGGCCCACCAGCAAGACUUUCAUAUCGCAGAUUUUCGCAGUUGCCGAAGACUCCAACUCAAAGUCCCAGUGAUGUUAUUCAAAACCAAAAAAUUGAGCCCAAGGCUGUUUCAACUGAGCCAAAUCCAAGCACUAAAGAAGUCGACAUUAAACAAGCAAAGGCUCAAGGCACAAGGCGUUUAUCAUUAAAUAAUUUAUAUACCAAACCAUCACAGUUCUCGUGGAAGGCACCGAUCACAGCUCCAAGCACUCCAAGCACUCCCAGCAAUAUCGGUGCUCGACGGUUGUCCUUGGAGCCUAAUGCGCUUGAGCCUAAAACACAAGCAAAUGAGCAAAGAGCACAGCCCUAUCGAGGACCACCGCAGUACUUGACGCCCACCCAGUAUAAGGAUCAGCGCCAUCAAAACGAUGCCAAUCGAAUGCAGAGACGGUAUUCCAUGAAUUGUUCAAGCUCACAACAGUCGGGGUAUUCGCCCAAGCCUCCACAGCCAGGGCUUCCAUCUGAGUCCACAGCACCAGAAUCAUCGCAAGCUCCAACCUCAACGCACCCAUAUCGUAGACCUUCGCAAGGCUUUCCAACACCGAUCGAUCCCAAAACCUUUCGCUACGAUUAUAAUGGAAAGGCAAAGAGCAAGACUGCUGAUUCGUUUCAGCACUCGAGGAACAAGCCUGGGCAUCUUCAUAGGCGAACAUAUGGCCCACCAAGUCAGCUUAUAUCGUCCUCCGACUUGGAUGACAAAAACAUUUUGUACAUACGCAAUCUGAGUAUGGAGAUUGUGCACCACCAGGUCUUUGAGCUGUUCAGCGCCUUUGGCAAUCUGAAGCGUGUCUACGUGCAUCAGCGCUCCGAGAACUACAAGUAUGCGAUGAUAAUUUACAUCACUGAAGAAUCCAUGAAACGAGCAUUGUCUGCCAAUCCGCAUAGGCUGAACGACAGGAAAUACAUUUGCCAGCAGGCCAGCCCCUGGCACCUCGGGCACUUCAAAAUCGACAGCCAGUUGUCUGGAUCCAUCAAUCGAACCAACUUCCGAGAACGGUUCCAAAUGCGACUACCUUACGGCGUCGUAAUGCGCUCUUAUUUUUACGAGUCACAUCCAAGCCCAAAUCAGAGCAGCUGCAUCAUCGCUGAUCGCGAUCGGAAAAGAAAAUCAGCCUUGCUGCCGCCCCUGUGCUUAGCCCUCUUACAUUACACAUACGAUAAGCAGCCCCUACCCAAGCCUGGAUUCAAGACGGAGCCAGCGCCUGUGAGUAGCUAUCAACAGCAGCUCUUCGCCGGCAUGGGCAAGGGCUACAGGUUUCAGCGCCACAGCUACACAAAUUUCGUGGCCUACCAGAAGAAGCCCGGCCACUACGAAUCAGUGCCCAUCGACCACAGAGUGGGGCUGACAGCUGUGGCCUAUGCAGAUCUGCGCGAUAGGCUAGAGCUCAUAUCAUUUCAUUAUCACUAACAAAGCAAAAUGAAGAAAGAAAUGAAGAAAUGUUUAUAAGAGUAAAGCAAACUCUUUCUCAGA